UUUGCCGGACAAUUUUGGAACUUUCUCAUAAGGCGUAGUUUCUUCUCCGUCGGAUUCGACACGUUUCCGUGCACCGGAUGGUGUGCUGAAAAUUGCAUAAAUCUCCGGUGCAUGUCCGAAUAUCGAUCGCAAACAAAGUGUACCGGAGUGUUUAUGUUUCGCGCAGUGUGAAUCACCCGGCGACAGGUUCGUGCAAGUCGCGGGCGACGAACGCUUCGGAGGAAUCCCCGUCAACGGAUCAGCGUUGCUAGCAAAAAUCCCCUCGAGUUUCGCGCAGACUUGGUGGCGAAUUGUUGCUUCGCAAGAGACGGGUUCUAACAGUGCGUCUUUGCGUUUACCGGAAACGUAGUGCACUGUUUCUCGUUCGUUCUGUCAUUCCGGUUACGUGAUAAUGGACUCGGAAGAAGAACGGCUCCGUUCUUUCGUGAAUUGGGCAGAUUUCGCUUCGGUAGGUUCCGUACUGGCCAACGACGGCUUUUAUGCAGUGCCCGGAGGUUAUCCGAGGGUGAGGUGCCACAGUUGCGAUUUGGUAGUUAUAUUGCACUGGAACUCUAACGAAAGGACAAACGCGUCCCGCGUUAAAGAAAUACACCGGAGCCGGAGUCCACCCUGUGCGUUUCUGCUUGGCCAGCAGCCCACCACCAAUAACACUCGGCCCGAAAGUCCCAGCGAAAUGAAGGAUGAACAGAAACGGUUGGAGUCUUUCGUGAACUGGCCCGUUGCGUUCAUGCAACCGGUGGCACUGGCCAAGGCCGGUUUCUACUACACGCAGCGCUCGGACGAGGUGGAGUGUCCCUGGUGUUUCGUCGUGAUCGGUCGCUGGGAAGUAGGAGAUGAUCCGUUCACCGAGCAUGCUCGAUUUUUCCCGUCCUGCCAGAAGGUGAUCGCAAACGCUCUCGUUAGCUCCGAUCCACCACCGGACCCCUCGAUCGGCAUCCAGCCCGUCCAGCUCCCACACAAUCCCACGUACAGCUCGCUCGAUGCGCGGAUUCGGUCGUUCGAAAACUGGAACCACGAAGCUAUACAGCGUGGGACAGGAUUGGCAGAGGCCGGCUUCUACUAUCUUGGUGAAGCGGAUGAGGUGCGCUGCUUUCACUGCGAUGGCGGGUUACGCCUGUGGCUUCCGACGGAUGAUCCAUGGUUCGAGCAUGCCCGUUGCUUCGCUGACUGUCAGUUCCUUCUGCUCGUCAAGGGGCAACAGUUCGUUGAGAACGUGCAGGGACGGGUGGCCCAGCACACAGAAGCCGGCUCAGAGCAGCAGAUGCAGCAGCAUCAACAGGGUGCAACCGAAAGCAUCAGCGUUGUAGAUGCUCGCGCUCCGAUCACUCCCCGCCGUAUGACCCUGGAUGAUGCUCUCACAACCGAACCGGUUCAGAUGGCCCUUCAGAUGGGGCUGAACAUUGGGCGCAUCCGUGCGGCCACAAUGCGUAAGCUGCACACCACCGGAGAGCCGUAUCUCAACUCGCAGCAACUUGUCGAGGCGAUACUAGAGGAUCAGCUGGAAGAGGAGGACAUUGAACCGUCCACCUCCUCGUGGAUGGAUCGUCGAUCCGCGUCAAUGGAUCUGCCUUGCCGACAGGAACAGCAGCAAGAAAGAGCAGGCUCCCCAAAAGGAUGCGCCAACUCUGCCGCUGACGCUUCGUUGCGUGCCGCAACUGAUUGUGAACCCGAGAAGCGACCCGAAGUACCUGAGCCGAACGCGCCAAACACGCUCACUGAAGAGGCGGCCCAGCGGCUGCAGGAGGAAAACAAGCGACUGAAGGAUGCACGAGAGUGCAAGAUCUGCAUGUCUGAGGAAGUGGGUGUAGUGUUCUGUCCUUGCGGACAUUUGGUCUCGUGCGUCCAGUGCGCACCGGCCAUGCUUUCCUGCCCCGUGUGCCGGGCUAAGAUUAAGGGAAGAGUCCGAACGUUCCUGCCGUAAAACAAAACACUCCGGAUGUGACCCUCAAAUGGGGGUCGUUCGCAGCGCUCAGGACUUCUCGAGCCAAGUAUUUGGGAUUCUCCGAGCACAAGGCCACAUUUUUGCCCCUGUAGUUCGAUAUCACCAACCACGUGGGAUAUCAACCGUGGCGUUCUGUAAAUGUCACUUUAGUAUAAGCGAACUGGUUUUGUUAGUGCACAAGCGCACGAGACGUGUGUCAACGUGAGAUCUUAGAAUUAGAAGAAGACCGCAAGUACUGAACAAAUUGAAAAGGAAAGAGAGAUUGACCUCUAUUGAACACUUUACUUCGGG